AUGAGCUGAGACGUCAACGCAAAAAAUUAUAGCCAUGCGAGCCAUCCCUGCGCUCAGCUGCUUGGAGAGUGCAUACAUGGCUUGUGUGACAGCAACAGCACACAGAAGCAGCAAUGAAAUGCAGUUAGCAAUACAGCUGGGAGACAGGCAGCAAGGCAGGCACUGGUCCAGUGACUAAAAUGAUCCUACCGUGAGCCAGCCUGCAGUGCCUCCAAAAGUGGCUGACUACUACACAGGAGCUCGGCUUUCUUUGCAAUUACUCCAGUUCCCCCCGGGUGACUGCAGUGUGUGCUCUGAUUUGGUUUUGUUUGCAUUUUUUGUUUCUUUUUUUUUUUUCCCCCACCCGUCUCCCUCUCUCUCCUCCUGUGUCCUUCUCUCCAGGAUGGCGGAAGCCGAGUUGCACAAGGAAAGGCUCCAAGCCAUAGCAGAGAAAAGGAAAAGGCAGACAGAAAUAGAAGGCAAGAGACAACAGCUUGAGGACCAGAUACUUCAGCUGCAGCAUUUCAAGUCAAAAGCUCUUCGGGAAAAAUGGCUGCUACAGGGAAUUCCUGCUGGCUCUGCAGAAGAGGAAGAAGCCAGAAGGAGGCAGUCAGAAGAGGAUGAACUGAAGGUGAAAAAGCUGGAAGAAAACAUACACAGGCUGGAACAAGAAAUACAGAAAUUAGAAAGUGAGGAAUCCCAAAUAUCUGCCAAAGAACAAAUCAUUUUGGAGAAACUGAAGGAGACUGAGAAAUCCUUUGACAACUUGCAAAAGAAUUUCUCACAUCAGGAUGGUGAUGCAGUAAAUUACAUUUACUCCCAGAUCCCUGAACUCCCAACCCUCUAUUCACGAACAGCAGAGCCAGUUCCUGGGUGGGACGGAGCAAGCAGAGUAGCUGCUUUGUGCACCAUGGAAAUUAAUGUGGAGAAAGACAAACAGACAGGAGAGACCAAGAUUGUCUCUGCUUCACCUAUUGGCCCAGAUGAGGCCCAUCAAAGAGGAUUCAAAGUCUAUGAUGAUGGUACCAAGGUAGUCUAUGAGGUUCACUCUGGUGGCACAGUGGUAGAAAAUGGAGUACAUAAAUUAAGCUCAAAGGACGUAGAUGAACUUAUGCAAAAAGCUGGACAAUCAAGUGUAAAAGGAGGGUAUGAAACAGUGACUGUGUCAGACAGAAAUGCGGUAGCCGAUGGAAACCUUAGCCAUAUGAAGGAGCAAAUGCUCUUCAAGGAGGCAAAGCUGGAAAUGGUACACAAACCCAGCAAAGGGCAUGCUGUGAACCCUCAGCCCCAAGACAGACCCUGCGGUGGCAAAGCCCCAGAGGCCAGCACAGAUCAGCCAGUGACAAUGAUAUUUAUGGGUUACCAGAACAUCGAUGAUGAAGAGGAGACAAAGAAAGUGCUGGGCUAUGACGAGACCAUCAAGGCAGAGCUGGUCCUGAUCGACGAAGAUGACGAGAAAUCGUUGCGGGAGAAGACAGUGACGGACGUCUCCACCAUGGACGGGAAUGCUGCUGAGCUGGUCUCUGGCAGGCCACUGUCAGACACGACAGAGCCCUCCUCUCCCGAGGGGAAGGAAGAGAGCCUGCCCUUGGAAGCUGCCCCAGGGGCAGGAGGAUUGGAUAUGCUGCCAAGGGAUCUGCCGGGACGGCGCUCCUGUGAAAGUCCUAAAGCUGAGGAGGGUGCAGGGAAAUCUUCCAGAAUCCCUGAGGAUGACAUCAGGUUGAGAAAAAACAGAGACCAAAACUGUGCCAAUUCCUUGGAGCCAGCUACUGUGCUUGCUACAAAGGAAGAGAAAAUGGAAAUUGAAGUUCCAGUUUCUGAACAUAAAAGCAUCACCACAGUGGCUUCACCACAUCCUAUAGACAAUCCAACCCACUACUUUUCCCCUGCUGCCAGCCACAAUGGACUUAAGGACAGGCACGAAUCUCUGGACAGUGAAGUUGCUAAAGAGAUCAGAUACCUAGAUGAAGUGCUGGAGGCAAAUUGCUGUGAUUCUGCUGCAGAUAAUACCUUUAAUGGUACAUCGUCCCCUGAACCAAGUGCAGUCUCCAUUAUGGAUGGCUCGGGAGCAUCUGUUAAUGUCAAUAAUGAUUCAGUACCCAGUGAAAGGGAAGAAAAUGUAACUGACAAGCAGGCACCCUUGGUAGUUGAACCACGUGAAGGUAGCAUAACAGAUGAGACCCUGAAAUCUAAUGGCCAUUCCUUGGGUGGACUGAAAGAAGACACUGGGGAGAGUCUGAAGGUGCCAGGAAGUCCCACUUCUUCAAACAGUUCUAGACGAUCCUCUAAGGAUGGAGAGACAACUCUUACAACCCUUAAGAAAGAGGCUAAGUUUGAACUACGAGCCUUUCAUGAAGACAAAAAGCCCUCAAAGCUCUUUGACGAUGAGGAAGAGAAGGAAAAAUACAGGGUCCGCAAAGUGAGACCAUCGGAGGAAAUGAUGGAACUUGAAAAGGAAAGAAGGGAACUCAUUAAAAGCCAGGCUGUCAAGAAAAACCCCAACAUUGCCACCAAAUGGUGGAACCCUCCCCAAGAGAAGACCCUGGAGGAUCAACUGGAUGAAGAGCAUCUGGAGUCCCACAAGAAGUACAAGGAGCGCAAGGAGAGACAGCAGCAGCAAGGUGUAACACCAACAUCCCCCAAACAAGUCAGCUGCUCCUUUGUACCACCAGAGCCAGUCAAUAUCAAGAAAGAGGAUAUUGUCACAGAGCAAAUUGAUUUCUCAGCUGCCAGAAAGCAGUUCCAGCUGAUGGAACAUUCAGGUCCAUCUCAGGGUCAGGCACCACCAAGACGGUCAGGAACACCCAAAAUGUUCUCCAUCAAACCCUUCUACAAAAGCCUCAAUUCUCCGCAUGUAGACAGGCCACUGUCCUCCAUGACAAGACCCGUUUCAGUGUGUGGGCAAACAGGACAGCUUGAGGGUAACAAUGCCACUGUUGUCAAAGCACAGAAGGUCUCCCGUACCUCAGAAGAUGAUACAAGUGCUCAGACUACCGCUGUUGACCCAGUAAGAGAAUUACCAUGCAGUGAUAGCCCCAGAGCCGGACAGGCCUCAAAACUGUGGGCGGAGGAUGGAGAAUUCAUGAGUGCGAGAGCUGUCUUCACAGUGGUGAAGGAUGAUGGACAGGGUGUGCUAGACCAGUUCCCAAAGUCAGGCAGUGCCUCUUCCCCUCCAGAGGAGCUUGACUCCGGUUUGGAUGACUUGUCUGUCAGGUCUCAGGAUACUACCGUCCUGGAGACCCUUUCCAAUGACUUCAGCAUGGAUAACAUCAGCGACAGUGGUGCCUCCAAUGAGACCAUGAGCGCCCUGCAGGAAAGCUCGCUGGCCGAUUUCUCCCUGCCACAGACCCCUCAAGCCGACACUCCGGCUGAGUGCAGGGGCGAAGGCAUCUCCAAGUCGUUCAGUGACCUGGGCUGUGACUCACCCUCCUCUGCUGGGGCAGACUCCAUGCUGAUUGAUGACCAGCUGGCGUACCAUGCUGGCCUGUUGGUUCAAAACGCCAUCCAACAAGCCAUAGCCGAGCAGGCGGAUAAAGCAAACUGCAAGGAAGAAGAAAUCCCAGCGGAGAAGGAGAUCUCAGUCAAAGAGCAGCCAGCCACCACCGGGCCAGCUCCAGCCUCCAAGGAGCAGCAGAACCCAAUGUUUGAGCCACCCCAGGUGUCUUCACCUGUUCAGGAAAAAAGGGACACCAUACCAAAGACUUCAAAAGAGGAAGACUCAGAACUCAGGGAAGGGAAGAGUUUGCAGCAGUCGCCUGUGUACUCAGCCAACCAGCCGUUCCUUGUGGAGGAAAGUAGGCAUGAAGUCAGCUAUUUCAGCAAGUAUUCAGAGGCCGCUGAGCUGAGGAGCACCGCCUCCAUCCUGGCCACGCAGGAGCCUGAAGUGACUGUGGGCCCUUUCAAGUUACGGUCAAGGAAGCAGCGGACUUUGUCGAUGAUAGAAGAAGAGAUCAGAGCUGCCCAGGAACGAGAAGAGGAGCUGAAGAGGCAGCGGCAAGGUCUGCAGGUGGCACCAAGUCAUAUUAUGAAGAGCGCACCACCCAUGCCCACCAGAACUAUGUCUUACAAAACUGCACCAGGAAAGAUAGAGAAGAUCAAGCCUCCGCCAUCCCCCACCACAGAAGGCCCCAUCUCACAGUCUGACCCGCCACCCGAGGAGCCUGCAGGAGCCCAGCGACCCAAGAACCUGAUGCAGACCCUCAUGGAGGAUUACGAAACACACAAAACUAAGAGACGAGAAAGGAUGGACGACAGCAGCUACACCUGUAAAUUACUGUCUAGCAAGGUUACUUCUGAGGUCCUCGAGGCGACCAGGGUGAACCGCAGAAAGAGUGCUCUGGCACUGCGUUGGGAAGCCGGCAUUUAUGCCAACCGGGAGGAGGACGAAUAACCACACUGCAGCGUGAAGACAGCAACCGGGCACGCCGAAACCAAAAAAAGAGAAAGGAAGAAAAAAAAAACAAAACACAAAAACACCACGAAAGCAGCAGCAUUUUAGUCCAAUAUUUAUUAAAUACACAACAAACUCAACAAUGCACAUAGACACAGAAAUGAUCCAACUCAUGGCAAUCCUAAAACAACAGGAAAAACCCACCUAGAAAAUACCCCCUUCUUCUUCCCUCCAUCCCCCCUCUGAAAUAAUGCAAUGGGGAGGGUGCCGGGGGUGGGAGCACUCAGUUGUCCUCACGGACCGGAGAGGCUGCAGGUGCGUGAUGGGAGGUCAGUGUGGAGGACCCUGUGGCCAGGGCUCACGCUUGUGCUUCCCACUGACCAAAUUGAGAGCCCUGCCUUGCCGCCUUGCUCCCGUCGGACCCUCCUGCAGUUCCUUCGCCUCCCACAGCCGCUGCACCGAGAUGGUCAGCAUUACUUCAGCGUACUCUUAUCCAGCCACAAAACACAACAAUAUUGCCCUCUGUUGCUGUUUCUUUAAGGGGACCGAAAAGUUCAGUUUGUAAUUAGGGUGGUUUGGGGGGGUGGGGGGCAGGUUCUACUCCCCUUUCUAGUAAUUUAUCUGUUUAAAAGGAAAAAGAAAAAACAGGGAGGCAGUUACUGCAAAUGUACAAUCCAGUAGACUCAGUAAAACAGUCCUUGUGUUGCAAACACAAGCCAUCACAAUUUAGGAGUGGAAUAGAUGGGGAUGAGAGCUAAGCCAAAUGGAUUAUCUUAGCUUUAGGAUCCUAUAUGCUUGCAAUAUCACCUGAGCUCCAGGUUCUCAGAGCAUAUUUACGUAACAAAGUUUCUAAAUAGAAAAUCUGUAUUUAGCGGAUGACAACUAUUUUUUGAUGGUGGGGAGGGAAAAGAAUGGCGUAUGUGUAAAAUCUAUGAAGAUGGAUAAUUUGAAGUAGAAAGGUAGUGGGAAAGGGAUACAAAUAAAGGACAUUUAAUUUUUAAAUGAGGCAAUAAUUGAACUAAGCCAGACUCUGGCCUAGAAAGAGGUAUGAAAUAAAGAAGAAAGAUAGUUACGUCUUCAACUAUAUUUAUACAACAUAAAAAGCCUUUGAAGUAGAGUGCUUUGUGGAAGUCUUCACGUUUCCAGGCAACAAAGAAGCUAAAGGGCAUAAUGAGUUGGAAGGAGUGAGCAAGGAAGAGCAGACAAGGGAAGAAAAUACUAUCUUUGCCGUUCAGCCAGUGUUUUCAGUGCUACAAGCAAACCAUAGAGCCUUUAGUUAUUGCUUAGGCUUGGGAUCAGCAGUGAAGGAUUAGUGUGGAUCUGUGUGUGUGUGUGCGCAUGUGUGUGCGUGCGUGUGUGUGCAUGAGGCUGGCAUACCAGAAAGUGUAUGGCAGUGCGUGUACUGAUUAUUUUCUCCAAAGCUGUUUACCAGCUAUAGGGAUGAGUGCUAAUUUCUUUUUUUUUUCUGAAAGGGGAUAUAAAAACAAGGCACUGAGUUAAUGCAGUAUUUGUGAUAUUAAAAUUUGACCCAACAUGGUAUUUGCAUGAGUCACAAUUGCAAAGUAUUGACCAGUUUUGUAAGCUGACAAUUAGGAAAAGAAAUGUGGUAUUUAUUCUUGUGCUUUGUAUUUGUAUGUAGUAUAGAGGCUGCGGGUUUACUCUUUCUUUCCACGCAAGCAAUACAAUAGGAAUAUUUUACAACUGGGAACCAUAAUUUCUGGAUUAGAAACCAACAAGUUUGGGAGGUGACAGAAAAAAAGACACUGAGCUUUUUUCUAUAUAAAAUAUUCUGCCUUUUUUAUAAACAAACAGUUAUUAUUUUGACACCUUUUUAAAAAAUCAUCAGCCAGGAUACCGGUCCUCCCUUAAGCCUUUCCUUGGUUUCAUUACCUGCUGUGCUGUUUUAUCCUGAAACAGUGAGCUCAUUUAGAAUGAGUACCGAUACUGUGAACAUACUUCUGGUGCUUUUCUUAAACAAACACAGAGCUUGCAACCAAAUUAUUCCCCCACCCCCACCUUCAGUUCCUCCAGCAUUUGAUUUCUGUCCAUGGACACUAUCAUUUUGAGGCUUAUUUUCAGGGAAUUGUAGCAAAUACAAUUAUAUAUACCCAUUAACUCAGUUCUGUCAAUUGUCUUCCUAAGUGCUAUUGAACAGAAGAAAACCCUGCUGAACCGAGUGUUCACUGUGAUAAAGGCAGCGAGCUUAUCUCAAGGAUGCUCUCUAAACCCAGGUGCAUGGGGAGGCACCACGCCUAUGAAGGAAUUACAUACCUAAUGAAGUGGACCCCUUGUUCAGACAUGGCAAUCGACAGUGGACUGUGAUUCAUGUCUGCAGGUGGGUCGUUACCGUAAGACGGUAGGAAAAGCAAUGCCACCAAUGCAGCACUCUAGUGAGACCAUAGGUCGUGAAGCUGCAUCCAUGAGCUCUGCCCAUCUGUACCAAGAGGAGUCCUGGCUCCCUCCACCCCGGGUAGAGCUUAAGUGAGACUGGGAAAAAGGGGUUUCCUGAGCAGAGGAGACAGCCCCUGUACUUACGAUGAAGUGGUCUUGCACUAAACAACGCUCUUCAGAGUUCCCCCCAAUAUUUGCUCCCUGAAACCAGGGCAGCCCUGGGCUCCCUUCCCAGGAACCUGUAUCUUCAUUUUCUUUAACCUGGAGGCCAGUUUUUAUCUCCUUCUCUCUCAUUGGGAGCCAGUGACAUUGAUCACCCAUCAUAAGACAUUUCUUCAUGCUUUGCCACAUCUUCCCCUACUGCCACAUUUGGCCCUCAGUCUUUAAGUGAAAAUUAAAUUGUUCCCCUAGAAAGGGGAUGUGGUGGUGGGGAGAGGCCAGGCGGGAGUCCUGUGCUCUAGAAGCAUUCGCUUUCAGCCCCUGCGACAAAAGUGCUUGCAUGUAUCAGUCCAGGACAGUCAAACUUUCUACCCAGCACAGUUUUCUCUUCCAGAAAUUAUGGACACUCGUAAGCAGCAGCACACAUUCAGUGCUGUGGUAACACGAGUGCGAUGCAGUUUACUUGCCUCUGUUAUUUCAUUUGCAUGCUACCAAGCUUAGGUGUUUAUAAGUAUACACCAGUAAUACGUAUCUUAUCUAUAUAUAACUAUAUCAAAUGCAACAAAAGAGCACUAUUGCAGAAUUAACUUUGUCUCCACAAAAGAAACGCUCAGAUCCUUUCCCGUGGCAAAGACUGGUUUUAAUGAAACUGUGUAUUGAGAAAUAGUUAAGCAUUAGCAUUUGUGAUUAUAAUCAGUUUGGGGUUACAGUGCAGGUUUUCUGAACAAUUUGUUUUAAAAGCUGCCAGUUUGGGCUUCAUCUUGCUCCGUGCUGACAUUAUCUGAAGGAAAAUACAGUAGCAUUGACAUGUUUGGCAAAAAAAAGGCGGCAUCCUUGUCAUGACUUAUCGACCAGUUUCAACAAUACCUGGCUUUCUGUAUGUUAACCACUUAAAUGUUAUCCUGCUUCUGUUUUAUAGUGACUGUGAGGCCUACAAUGCAAGUAUAUAAUUAUUUUCUCAUUAAAACAGAAACCUGUGUUGUGUUUCUAUAAA